UUCAGUCGGCAGUAACUUUCUUCAUCAACAUAUGUAAAUAAUAAAUCUAGCCAUGUUUAAGCACAUAAAUCCAGUCUGAUGCAGUAGGUGCAGUGUGUAUUUAUCGCUCCCGUGCUGCUGUCAUAAGAACUCAGGUGGUCUGUUAAGUGGUGAAGUUUGUCUUCAGACUGAGAAAGUGCGGAACCUCUGGAUCCAGCAGCGGGAGCGGUAGCUGCUCUGGGAAGUGUCCCAACUUUGGAGCACCGCCCUCAAACUCUGGACUCAGCUGCUGAGCUGCCUGUCAGACUGACUGACUUACUGACUGACCGGCCGAGGACGCACUUCACACAACAGUCCGCACCUCGAUUGCCCGAAGACACUGAAAAGGAAGGAAGGGCGGGUUACACAGAGAUAUGAGAUUGGGCAUGACAGAGCGGGCCAAGUCGAGGGUGUAGCCACAUCUGGCAGGGAGCGCUGAAGUAAGCAGGAGCCUCAGUACACCAGAUCGUCUACUGCGGUGGGGAAGAUGGGGGAGACGGAGGAGGAGAGGGACAAUGUGGGAAAGCUGUUUGAAAACUUCAUCCAGGCCUCGACCUGCAAAGGGACUCUUCAGGCCUUCAACGUCCUCUGCAGGCGCCUGGACCUGGACCCUGCAGACCACACCACUUUCUACAGCGGUCUGAAGGCGAAGCUCACCACCUGGAAGGCCAAAGCACUUUGGAGUAAGUUAGACAAGAGGAUGUCCCAUAAGGAGUACAAGAAAGGCCAAGCCUGCGCAGACACCAAGUGCCUCAUCAUUGGAGGAGGUCCCUGCGGCCUGCGGACCGCCAUAGAGCUCGCCUUGAUGGGUGCCAAAGUGGUGGUGAUUGAGAAGAGAGACUCUUUUUCCAGGAACAACGUGCUCCAUCUUUGGCCCUAUACCAUCCAUGACCUGCGAGGCCUCGGGGCCAAAAAGUUCUACGGAAAGUUCUGCGCCGGGGCCAUAGACCACAUCAGCAUCCAGCAGCUGCAGCUGAUCCUCCUGAAGGUUGCACUGAUAGUUGCAGUGGAGUUUCACAUCAACGUGGAGUUUGUCAAGCUGUCGGAGCCUCCAGAGGAUCAGGAAAAUGAAGGAGUUGGGUGGAGGGCUGUAAUCCGACCUGCUGAUCACCCUGUGGCUAACUUUGAGUUUGACGUCGUGGUGGGGGCUGACGGACGCAGGAAUACUCUGGAAGGUUUCAAAAGGAAGGAGUUCAGAGGUAAACUUGCAAUUGCCAUCACAGCCAACUUCAUCAACAGGAACACCACUGCAGAGGCCAAAGUAGAAGAGAUCAGCGGAGUGGCCUUCAUCUUCAACCAGAAGUUCUUUCUUGACCUCAAAGAGGAGACAGGUAUCGAUCUGGAGAACAUUGUUUACUACAGGGACAACACACAUUACUUCGUCAUGACUGCCAAGAAACAAAGCCUGCUGGACAAGGGAGUUGUCAUUAACGAUUACAUAGAGACCCAGAUGUUGCUGAGCAGUGAAAAUGUCAACCAGGAAGCUCUUCUGUGCUACGCCCGAGAAGCUGCUGACUUUGGCACCAACUACCAACUUCCCACACUGGAUUUUGCCAUGAACCACUGCGGGCAGCCAGAUGUGGCAAUGUUUGACUUCACAAGCAUGUACGCCUCUGAGAACGCUGCUCUGGUCCGGGAGAGAAGUGGACGCCAGCUGCUGGUGGCGCUGGUCGGCGACAGUCUGCUGGAGCCCUUCUGGCCAAUGGGUACAGGUUGUGCCAGAGGCUUCCUGGCGGCCUUCGACACGGCCUGGAUGGUAAAGAGCUGGGCUCAAGGUCGGACGGUUUUGGAAGUGCUGGCAGAGAGGGAGAGUAUUUACCGACUACUGCCUCAGACCACACCUGAAAACUUAGCCAAAAACUUUGAGCAGUACACCGUAGAUCCGGGGACCCGAUACCCCAACCUCAACACUGCCUGCGUGAGGCCUCAUCAGGUGCGUCACUUGUACAUCAGCGGAGAGCUUAACCCCUGCUCUCUGGAGCGCGCUGCUUCCAUACGGCGGCCUGUCAAUCUCAGCAGACGAGAGUCGGAGAUCAGGCCAGCGAGGCUUCUUACCUGGUGCCAGAAACAGACGGAGGGCUACAGGAAUGUGACGAUCACGGACCUGACAUCAUCUUGGAAGAGUGGCAUCGCCCUCUGUGCCCUCAUCCACAGGUUCAGACCUCAGCUGAUAGAUUUUAACUCAUUAAACGAGUUGGACCAUGCUGCAAACCUCCAGCUGGCUUUUGACAUCAGUGAGCGCGAAUUUGGGAUCCGAUCAUUCGCAUCUGCGAAGGAGCUGAGUGCUGAUGAGGAGCUGGAUAAGACCAAGAUGAGCACCUAUCUGUCCAAGUUCUAUGAGCUCUUCCGGGGAACGCCUCUACCUGCCUCAGGUUCCAGAGGAGUGGAUGAAAACAAUGAAGACUAUCCAUCUAAGGACGUCAGAAGUAAUAAUAAUGUGCUCAAUCUCACACUGCCAAGAAAACGGGUGCCAAAGGAUGAGAAGAAGUUGGACGGUACAGACUCCCUUUACAAGAGGAGGCGGAAGUUCUGUUAUUUGGAGGAGGCCACCAAUCUUUCCACUAAUGGCUCUGCAGUACUGGGUGGGCGGGAUCCCAAAGAAAAUAAAGUGCGCUCAAUGGCUACGCAGUUGCAGGCCAAGUUUGAAAGUCCACCCAGUUGCACCGUCCGCAGGACACAGUCUGUUCCUUACCCCUUUCAAAAAUCUCAGUCAGACUGUGAGAAGUCUUUGCUGCUGAACGCUCUUGACCUGACUGAGAGUUUCCCUGUUAAACUCAGCCCUCCGCUGCCGCCCAAACCUCCUCCUCUGACACAGUUUGAAGUCAGUAUCAGAAAAGCAGCAGAGCAGUUAGUCCGUCUGCCUCCAAAGACUCUGCCCAAACCCCAGCUCCUGCAUCCAUUUUCUGUAGUGAAGCUCAGACAUGUUGAUCAGCCACAUGCUGAGAUGAAGCCCCAGCCCCAGCCUGAGAGCCCAGACCCCCCUGCUCCUCCUACCCCCUGCCAGUCAGCAAUCCAUUUCAUGUCAAGGAUCCUGCAUCGCCUCAGGGAGGUGGAUGAACACGUCUCUGAGAAAAGAGCUCAGACACAACAGGUUAGAGAGUUUCAUACUAAGAGUAUAAAGGAGAAAGCUGUUCACCUUAGGAGAAUGUUUUCAGAAGACAGCUCUGCUUUACUCAAGAGUGGCUCCGUACGACGAACGUUUUCCCACUCCGGUGACAAGUGUCAUUCAUGCGAGAAGCGUGUUUAUAUGGUGGAGAGGGUCUGUGCCGAGGGGCUCUACUUCCACAGGGAGUGUUUUCGCUGUUCGACCUGUAGCUCUGCUCUGCGACAGGGAGCACAUGACUUCCAUUCUGAAGACGGGAAACUGUACUGCAAACUUCAUUUUGAUCAACGGAACAAUGGAACAAACCUACGGAGGAAUUUCUCCCUCCGCUCUAUUCGCAACGGAGUUCAGGAGCAACCUGCUGCUAAUGAAGAAAGCUCACAGUCCAGCUGUACAGCAGACCUGCAGAGUCAACCUGCUGCAGCUGAUGCCUUUUAUGAAGCGUUUGAGACAACCGGAUGGUUAGGAGAAAUGACGUUUUGAAGUGUCUGAUACGACUGAACGGGAUUUUCAGUCUGAAAUAUUCAUCGGCCUUUGAAGUGAGUGUUGCCUAAACUAAGCUGAUGACUAAUGAGCGGCUUCAGUGUUUGCCAUGGAGCUGAAUGCCCUAGUACUAACGUGGCUUGGUUUUAGGCAACAGCCCACACAUAGAAUGAAUGAUGAGGCAAAAUUAAACAGCGGCGUGAGCACUGGACUAAUAACCGGUGAAGGACACAAACCAAAACUUCACAUUAGGCCUUAUUAUUCCAACCUGUUUUGCACUGUGUGAAGUGGAAAGUAUUCCUCAAAUAGAAUACCAACUUCAUAGUUUGAAAAUUCCUAACCGGUUCUGUAAAAACAUCAUGUAAACAUUAUUUGGCAAAACAAGGUCACUACAAGUUUUCUCCGGUAACUGUUUUGGAGUUUUUUAAUUAUAUCGUACGAUCUCGCUCAGCAGAUGUUUACGGUCGGCUCUCACUGAUUUAUUAAAAGUUCAAAUAAACUACUGUUUUCAUGCUCAACAAUUACAUUUCAAAGCUAACAUGCAUGACUGGUCUUCAAAGUGCAGAGAGAAAAACAAACAUCUGUUCUGCGCUCUGGGACAGCUACUGUUCUCAGUGGAAGUUGAUGUGAGGGCGACUGUUCCAGCAGUUCACUCAUGUUUUAUUUAGUUAUCUGCAUCUUGAGGACUUGAAAAGCGCUUUGCAUGUCAAUGUUUGAUUCCAGAUGUGUUGGGGUGCUUUAAAAAAAAUAAAAAUAAAAAAAUCAGUUUGGUCAGCAUCAGCUGAGCAUGGACACUACAAUUUCAAAAGCAGAAAGAAAAAAUCUGAAUGCCGGCAAGAAAUGAGCUCAGCAGACCUCUGUAUCCUGCUCCUAAUCUCUGCCGGAGGCUCCCAGCUCUACUAGCACGACAACAAGUUGUUGCUGGUCAAGUUGCAUUAUGGGUAAUGAUGGUGGCAGGAAGACGAAGAUUAAAGAAUAUACAUUAUGUGGCUCUGUAGCAUUAAAUGUGAUGUUUUUACUGUCUUUUGACAAUGUUUUAGAGCACAUUGCUAAAAACAACAGAUAAAAUCAGAAACUUGUUUGUUUGGUUCACUGCUGCACCUCUUGAUCUGUAGGUUCUGGAAAACAUCAGUGGUGUAAGUUUGCAUAAAUGUCUGUGAGCAGACACCCAGACUCUGCAGAGCUACUGUAUGUCUUUGUGGAGAAAAGGAAAACAAAGGCUGUUGACCCAUCGAUUUCCAUAAUUACCAUGGAAUAAGUCAGCUGUACUGUACCUGCACAUGUGUAGUGGAUGCCUCAAAGGUUGAAAGGAUCCAGAAGAACAGAGGAGAAGAGCGAAGCUCACCCGUCCCACAUCAGUUUUUCCUUUUUUUUGUUUGUUUGUUUUUUGCCUUUGUUGCAUGACAGGACACAUGCUUAAUACGUCACAUUUGUAGUAUUUGCAUUUGUUUCUGCUCUUUAGUAAAUUUCUGAAAAGGUGCAUCAAUGUGGCUUUAGAAACGGUCCAGGAAUGCACAUAAAGCUUUGAAGACUGAAGACUGAAGCUAUAAAGACUUGAAUGGUCUGAUUUUAGUUCUAUUGUUAGGAUGUUAUAAUAACAAGCAGGGCUUCCUGAUCACUCACAAUGGUCCCUCUUUAAGAGCUACGCAUUAAUGCUCAUGAAGGCCCACAAAUAAAGAAAACUGCAAAUGUAUUUAUUAUUUUCCUUGUUCAUAACAGGAAGUGUCAUACAGUCUCAGUCUCAUUGUCCAUUUCAUCAAAUACAUUUGUUAUCCAAUGUCCUUUUUUAUAUUGUUUUUAUAUUAUGACUUUGCCUACUCAGGGCCGACGUAGAUUUUAAUCAGUGGUAGGAUGCAACUAUAUAUAUUUUCUCAAGUCCUGUACUUCAAGGCUCUUGUGCCGUAUUUAAGUGUUUCCACUUCCUAAUAUUUUGUACUUAACAGCACUAACUACUGUUAAUAACUAAUGUUAUUAUGUAUUAUUAGAAUAAAAUAAAAAUAAACAACCCAAUAAUGUUGUAUUACAGUUAUGCAUAUGCAUCCAUUUAUUCAUUUGGUACUUUUGAUGCAUUUUUACACUUGCAUCUUGUUGCUGUUAAUUAAGUGAAAUAAGGAUUAUAUUCUUCACUACUGAUUUUAAUUUAGAGCAUGUGAUUUAGUGGAAACAUGAAUAAAAUGCUUUUCUUUUA